AUGAAAUUCUUUAUUUCUUUAUUUUUUAUUGGAAUAGUUCUUUCUGUUUUUUAUGGAUUAGUAUCUUGUCAACCCUUAUUAAAUGAAAUAAGUUCAUCUUAUACAGCUGAAGGAGUCCAUCUUCCUCCCUUCAAGGUAUGGGGUAUAAAUCCAGCUAAUCAAAAUUGCUUAGACCAUGGCGGUGAAAUAGUUAAAGAAGAGAGACCAAUGUGUAAACUUCCUGAUGGUCGAAUUAUUGAUGUUUGGGGAUUCUUUAUUCAUACAAUCACUUAA